UCGUCCCUUCGCCAUUAAUGCACAGGAGGAAGGAUCUGCUCUUGAGAGCAAACUCUGUUGUCUCUCUACCAAAGUUAUGUCGUUUUUCGAGCAGUUCUUCUGGGUCGAUCCCCUUUCUUUCUAGGGUUCCUGGGGAUUCGGAGCUCGGAGAUGCAACACGACUGAGCGACAAACAGUCAAGGGCGGGACUGCUACCAGCCAAAGAAUCAGACAUUGCAGAGGAGAAACUGAAGAAAGCAUGGGGAAUCCAUAACCAUAGAUUCCAUGAAUUUAGGGCAGGAUAUACUGCAGAUCCUGAGAACGAAAAGCUCUAUGGCCUGCUGAAGGGUUUAAAGGCGCAAAUGGUUGACACGACAAAUGUUCGGAUAUUUUGCAGGAAGCUUCCAAAGGUUUAAUGAUGGGAAUCUAUAAUGUUGCACCACUCAUCCACUUGACAUUGGAAGAUUAAAUUAGCUCCAAGCUCAAACUCCGAUAACAUGUUACAGUUCCAUUGAAGAAAGCAUUUUAGAGGGUUCGUUUGAAAUACAACAAGCUUUAAGACAAUAGGGUUGCAACUUUCAUGCAUGACAAUGAAUUUAGGACUGACCAUUUCGGUUAUAUUCGGAUUCGGUUAUAAAAACUAUAACUUUUCAAUUUUUAUAUAAAGUUUGGCUCG